UUCCCAUGGCCGACAAUGUUUUGAACUUUGUUUUGAUACCCGUUCCCUUCCCAUUCACCAAGUCCUUUCUCCUAUUACCCUUUCCCCUCUCCCUCUCUCUCUUUCCUCUUCACCUGACCCUAUCAAAGGAACCCAGCUUUCCAUCUCACUACUAGAUGACAUCCCUUUUCUUUCUCAGUCUCUUUGUUGUUGGAAAACCCCAAAAUCCCAUCCCUUGUUCUUCUAUUUUAGCUGCUCCUUACAUUGAAUAAAAUAUCAGUCUUUUCUCAGUCUUAAUUGACAUUGUGUUUUUUUUUAAUUUUCUCAUUGGCUAUUUAUUUUUGUGUUUUUCUUUAAUUUCUAGAUCUGCUGUAAUUUAUUUUCUCUUUUCUUCUGAAUUCUAGGUUAUGUUGGUUUGGUGUUUAGAAAAUUGGGGUUUUCAUUGAUGUUUUUAGUUCUUCUGAAAUUUUUUAAUUUUUUUAAUUGAUACCUUAAGCAAUCUUCGGUUUGAAAAAACCAAAUAAUAAUAUGUUAAUCCACUCUAAUCUCCUUCUUUUUUCUUUAAUUUCCUUUCAUUUUUUGUAUUGUCAGUUAAUUUCUUUUGCUGUUCAAAGAUGUCGUUUAUCCGAAGAUCUUUGCCAAUUAUCAGUUGUUCACAAGAGCUCUCCUCCAAUCAUUCGAGUUUCAAGUGAAUACUUUUCAUUCUUCCUUUAAUUUUUGCCUAACAAUAAGCUCAUCACUCCCUCAAUUUUGUUUGAUCGUAUGAGGGCUAGAGAGUUGAAGAAACACUUGAAGAGGCUCAAUGCCCUCAAGCAUUGGAUGCUCGAAAAGCUUGGUAGUGCAUUCAUAUGUUGUUUUCCCGAGCUUUCUUUUGGCUUCCUUACCAGUUUGAUGCUGCUUCAUUUUAAUUUUGUAUUCAUUGUAUUUGUUAAUGCAGGCGCCAAAGCCAUCAUCUGGACCCCACAGGUCGAGGGAAUGUUUGCCACCUAUUCUCAUUCUGCGAAACAAACUAAAGGUGCACAUGGUUUCAUGAGGACACAUAAAUGGCGUGAUUCCAUAGGAGCUUUUAUAAAUGUGGAAGCAUCUAGAACAGAAGGUCUUGGUAGGAUAUAAAUCAAUGCUAUUGUUUUUUGUUUCCUUGGGACGUGAGAACAUUAUCAU